AUGCUGGAAAUGAUACUCAGAACAUCAGCUUAUGAGCCGGUGAAACAGAUGUCGAAGGAAAUCCAAAAGCAGAUGAUGCGAAUCAUCGUUUUGGAAAAUGAAGAGAAUGCUAUCCUAGCCAUCAAGAUCUUGGUGGAUCAUAGCAAAAUUACGCGCACCCAUCUUAUCCCUGAGGCUAGUUAUUUCUUCACCUUAUCUCGCAUGCAUGUAUCAGUUAUGUUGCAACAUUUCAAGCAAUGGAUCAAAUGUAUGUGUACCUGUCUUGUAAGACCGCAUACCUUUGAUACGAUCGAUCUCACACAUCCCGCUGUGCAACUCCCGGAAGAGACUGUUAUAGAAUCGGUUAUUUCCCCAUUUCAGUAUCUCCAACAAUGCUAUUAUGUGCAAUCGGUGAUGUUAUACCCUCCAAGUGGAGCUAUGGAUGCGCCGAAAUAUACUUUGAUACCGAGAGCAAGCCAGUCAUUGAAAACCUUCCAAGAAAUCCCUAUGUUGGUCAUUUUUUUGUACCAGCACCAUAAAGCAGGAGUUCAAGCUGAAGUACGGUAUCUCCAUCCUCGCAGAGAAGAUCAAUCUAUCGCAAUGGAAUUCCUUCUCUGCUGCCUUGACUUUCUGAGCAUACAAAUAUCUGCUGAGCAAAAAGCAGAUGAGAAAUAUAACAAAACGUUAGCAGAUGACUUCUACACUGCACAAUCCAAGAUGCUUGCUUAUCUGAGCAUUAUGGGAAAGAUACGCGAGUUCAUGGAGCAAAUCCUGGCAAAUGGUGAUAGAUUCAUCAACGGUGUACUCAGCCUCCUAGAACAAUGUCCAGCCGAACUAAUCGUUGUAAGAAAGGACGUCUUGAUCACACUGAAAUUCUUCUUUAUAUCUGAUCUCCGGCCAAAGUUUAUCCAGCUUUUACCUCGGCUCCUAUCUGAAGUUGCUCUUAUCGGCUCUGGAUACACAGCAGUGGAUCAUUUGAGGGGCUAUUUUUACCAAACUAUGGCUGAUUUUCUUCAUCAUGUACGAUCAUCCCUUUCUUUCGACAUGCUUGCGCAGUGAGU